AUGGCUCUAGUUACGUCUAUGUUAGUUAUUCCAUUAGUGUAUAUAUUAAUGACUAGUCGUACAAAGGAAGUAUACGCUGAAGUUUUAAGGCAAUUGCUUGUAUUAAAACCAGAUCUGAACCCAAAAACUAUUAAAAUAGAUUUUGAGCAAUCCUUUGUUUCGGCGUUCAAACAAAUUUUUCCUAAUGCUCAUAUAAGUGGAUGUUUUUUUCAUUUUGGCCAGUGUGUAUGGCGUAAAGUACAAUCUACUGGGUUACAAAAGAAAUAUGCAGAAGACUCAACGUUUGCUCUCCAUGUUAAACAAUUAUGUGCUUUAGCAUUUGUGCCAGUCCUUGAUGUAGUAAAAUCUUUUAAUACUAUCCUAGAAUCCCAAUAUUUUAUUGAUAAUGAACAAUUGUUUGAACCUAUAGUAGAUUACUUUGAGGAAACAUGGAUAGGUCGAACAGUUCGUAAUAGAAGAAAAAAACCAUUAUUUCCAAUAGAAAUGUGGAACUGUUAUGACAAUGUAAUUAAUGACCAACCUCGAACAAACAAUGCUGUUGAAGGUUGGCACCAUGCUUUCAAUGCAUCAUUGGGAAGUCAUCAUACGACUAUUUGGAAAUUUAUAUCUUUUUUGAAGCAGGAACAGGGGCUCCAAGAAGCAAAACUAGAAAAAAUUAAUCUGGGGGAAAAUAACCCUACAAAAAAAAAAAAAUAUAAAAACAUAGACCAACGUCUUAAAAAUACAGUAGAAAACUAUGAAACUUCAAAUAUCAUUACGUAUUUGAAGGGUAUCGCUCAUAAUUUUAAUUUAUAA